AUGCCCGCUCAAGCAGAAUCCAGGGAGAACAAUUGCACGAGUGCCCAUGCUUCCCCAUCACAGCCAGGCUCCUGCCCAAACGUCGCUUCCAACGUCCUGAAAUUCUAUCCUGACUCGCAUUUGGCCCUUCAAUUAUGGGCACUGUAUGUCAAGUCAGUUGAUCCUGUACUCAAAAUCUUGCAUAUACCGACCACCCAAUCUGCCGUUAUAGCGACAAUCCUCGACCCAAAAUCUGCGAGCGCGUCUAUGCUUGCGUUGACCUUUGCAAUUUAUUUCGCUGCAUUGACAACUUUGGACCACACGGAUGAGCCGAUUGAACUUCCCAUGGAGAAUUCAGUACUUUUAAAACAUUACAAGACCGCAUUGGAUCGACUUCUACUGGUGACGGAAGUCAUGAAUCGACCGGAAAUGGCAGCAUUACAAGCUCUUGCAAUUUAUACGACGUGCUUACGUGUCCACGAGACUGGCCGCAGUGCAUGGGUACUUAAUGGUCUCGCAAUCCGACUAGCUCAAUCUAUUGGUCUGCAUCGUGAUGGUGCAACCUUCCGCCUUAGCCCCUUUGAUACUGAAAUGCGUCUCCGCUUGUGGUGGCAUCUUUGUGUACUUGACUCUCGGGCACCUGAAGAUCAAGGAUUCGAGCUCACCAUCGACGUUCUCAAUCGGGGGUUACGUCUUCCCUUAAAUAUCGACGACAACCAGCUAUUCCCAUCUAUGACAAAACUUCCAGCUGAGACGGUUGGUUGGACAGAGAUGUCUUUCUUUUUGAUACAAACGGAAUCAUGUCGACUACUACAUCCAGUUCUUGGAACCCGUGAACAUUCCCCACCGAACACUCUACCUGAUAUUACGGCAAAAAGACAGAUGAUCCAAGAACGCACUCAAUACAUUUUGUUUAAGUAUGGUAUUUCUUCCAAGACUCCUGGUCAGUUGCCCCUCAUUGCAAUGCAACAUCUUACUACCGCAUGCAAGAAAAUGGAGUUUAUGCUUCAGUUGCGAGAAGAGAUCGAUUUGCAAAAACAAGAAGGGGUACAGGAUGAUACUACGGAUGUUCUAAGGCCAUCUUUCAAGUUGGCAUGUGAUGGCCUGGAAAGUAGUUUUAUUCUACUUAAAGGGGGGCUUUCUCUGGGAUUCAAAUGGUUGUUCACUACCUAUACCCCAUGGUACGCCCUUGCCUAUGUCCUGCGAUGUCUGAGCAACAAUCCUUGCGAACAGAAUACAGAACGUGCUUGGGCUUUGGUUGAAGGUAUAUUUCCCCAAGAACUGAGCCUAAAUGAUGUUUCGGAGACACGCGAAGAAGAUGGACACGGCAGCAUCUGGAAGUGCCUUGCCCUGCUCCGGUAUCAAGCUCAAUCAUCAAGGAUUUCUCAGAGGUCUGCAAACAAUGGAACCCAAACACCUGUUGAGCAUCGCGCACCUUCCAGUCUCGGGCCUGUCGAGAAUAUCCAAGAGACAGAACCUCCACCAGCCUACACAACUCCACAUGUCUCGGCUUUCUCGGGUUAUGGGAUGAUUACCGACGAGGAACUCAUGGCUGAUCCCAAUCAGAACCUCUUCUCGUCGUUUGACUUUUCCAUGUCUAGGGUACCGUAUUUGCCAGAGUGGAACGCAGUCAUACAUGGUUCCUUGAUGGAUGAAAGUAACCCGGACUUGAUGUGA